AUGCAGGCUGGAGCCGCGGCGGAGGCGUACGCCCGCCACAAGGAGGACCACCUUGGUACGGCAGCGGCAUGUCAGGCGCAAGGAGUCCAGUUCGUGCCCUUGGUUGUUGACACGACCGGGCAUUGGGAAGCUGGCGCUGGCCGCGUCCUCAAGCAGGUUGCUGGGGCGGUUGCUGCCCGCAGUGGAGCGGAGCCAGGCCCCCUGUACGAUUCGCUCCUCCAAGAGCUGAGCGUCGUUGUGCACUCUUUCCGUGCCCGCGCCGUCCUGCGGGGGCUGAUAGACAGUCCCUGGUGUGGGCCUGCCGUGGUGUGCUCGGGUUGA